AUGUCCCCCUUACCUGAGCAGUCGAGAUCGGCGUUGGGUUAUGGCGAUUCGCCAUCUAAUACCUCACUACGAGCAUCCAUUGAUGCUGCCAAUAUGGAGCUUCUGCUUCCCAGACGGAUAGAGUUCGUAAGGGCCAGUGCACAGGUCACUGCCAAGAGUCUGUCUGGUCUCGAUAAGAAAGACGAUGCACCACAAAGGCCUAAUAAGUGGGUAUUCCCAGAGGGUGGACUGGAGCAGUAUCAUGGCUGGCGAACGUCUAAAUCCUAUGGUGCUGGUCUGAGGAAUCAAGGCAAUACAUGCUACCUCAACUCAACCCUCCAGUGCCUCUCUUAUGUGAGUACCUUCGCCCAAGCCAGUGAGGCUAAGAUACACGAAAGAACUUGUCCGAGGAAACGGGCGGGUGUUUGGUGCGGACUCUGUAACCUAUCUAACCUCGUUUGUCGAAUACAUCAAAGCCAUGGUGGUCAUUUAUCCCCCACAGAGGUCCUACGCCAUCUCAACCUCUACUUUGCCCGCUUCCGCCCGGGUCGGCAAGAGGAUGCACAUGAUGCCUUGAGGCAGCUCAUCGACACGUGUAUUCGCAGCGAAGCCCUACCAGCAAAGAUCUCCCCUUCAGCUCAGAAUAAGAAGGCUCCUUUUGUACAUCCAUCGGUGUCACAGACUACUAUGCUGGGACAAAUGUUUGGCUAUCAUACCGCUCAACGUAUACAAUGUGCCAACUGUGGACACGUGUCUUGUACCUUCCAUUUCGAUAUGGAUAUCAGUCUAUCGAUCUCUAGAUGCCGUACCAUAGAUGAAUGCCUUACACGUUAUUUCGCCCCGGAGAUCUUCAAGGAACAGAAUGCUUAUAAGUGUGCGAAGUGUAAACGUAACGUGACUGCAAAGAAGAGUACCCGGCUGUAUGAUGCCCCUAUGAAUCUCACCCUCAGUCUCAAGCGCUACUGUUAUGGCCGCUUCGGUGGUCGACGACAGAAGGAUGGUCAUUAUGUGAAAUACGAGAAAGAGCUCGAUCUUUCUAAGUUCAUCGCUGAUCAUGGAGCAUCUACUCCUGGUGUCUCCAACAAAUAUACACUGUCUGGUGUAUUGGUCCAUUCGGGUGCAACACCGCAACUAGGGCAUUAUUAUGCAUUCGUUCGUAACCCUGCUGGAUUCUGGUAUUGUUGUGACGACGAGUCCGUUACCCCAGCUAAGGAGCAUACUGUCCUCUCACAACAAGCGUAUAUAUUGUUCUAUGAGAGGAAGCGGUCAAAGAAGGAUAGUAAGAGUCAGCGUCAUCUCAGUGUUGAGUCAGAGCCGACAGUAUCGACAACGAGCACAGAGCAGAAUAAGGCGAAGAAGGCAGUGCCUGCUCCCCUUCAACAGCAUCAGUCCCUCUUCUACAACUCCCUCACUACCCCUCCUGAUACCCCCUCUACGACGGCUGGGGAGUUGGAUAACCACGCUGCGGCCCCGACUGAUCGUAAGAGGAAGCAUGCAGUAGAGGAUGUGGAGAGUCCUCAGAAGAAGGCACAUGUUGAUGCAAAAGGAGAGACAUGUAUCUUAGCCAUCCCAGCCGUGCCUUGUUGUAUCACUCUCGUCGUAGUACCUCCUGCUGCUGCUGGCCUGCAGCAAGCUGUCUUUGUCCGUAUGCAUCCUCCAAAGUUUGGUGAUGAGGAGAAGUCAAACGAUAACUCUGAUCCUGAUGAGGAAGAGGAUCUGCCUUCUGAACCUGUCGCCAAUCAAGAAGAGGAUCCUGUUGUCGGGCAAGCGACGAAGUUAGCCGAGGUUGUAAGGGUAGAAUCCUGUGGUACUGCUGCUACUAUCAAGCCUAAGGAACGAGCCUCUCUAGCGAGGAGUGUUCGCUCUCAAUACGGCGCUAAUAAGGUAUCCUCAUGGGAUAGUGAUGAUGAUGAGGAGAAGGAGGAAGGUAGAGAGGAGGUAGAGCGGGCUAGGAAGGAGGCUAUUAUACAAGCCCAGAGGCAACUACAACCUAAGAUAGCAAUGAGAGACUCUCACGAUAGAGAGUACGAUAAGGGGAAGAAUAGGCACAAGGUUCGGCAACAUGUUGAGGCUAAGGACAACGAUUUCGCUGCAGCAUACAAACGUGCGAAGGCUAGGCUUCAUGGACCACGAAACAAGCAGCAGUUGAUGCGGGAUAAGCGCCCUGCUACUCGACAUAAGGAGGCUCUGCCAUGUCGGACACCGAUCUAUACUACAGCUGCAUGCAUACUUACCUCAAGUAAGGUCAGUCUGCUAUUCGGUCUGAGUGGUAUGAGGUUACGUCGAGGCGGCAGCAGUGCUGAUGGGGAGUACGCUGCAAGUAUCAUUGCAAAGGAAUGCAGAGGAAUGGUGAAUAGCACCCCAAGUGGGCCAGUGUCCGAAGGGGACUGUGCGACUGUCGACGCUUUAUUAGUUAUUACCGAUGUCACAGGAACGGUAUUCAUCUUACUCACAUGCCUCAUGUCCCUCUGUACUGUAGCAACCUUUAUAGUCACCGGUACAUCUAGAUUCGGUUACCGCAGACGGUUAAGCGCGAUAUUUGUUGAGCCCAACCGAGCUGAUAAGGCCAUGUGUAUUGUUAAAUGGGCUACAGGCAUUGUCAUGGCUCUCCUAUUCAUUACCUUUGCAUCCCUUAUAGCACUUUUCCCGGCAACACUUUUAGUGAAGAAGGUUUGCCCAGUAGCAAAGCAGGUAGCGGAGCAUCAACAUAUGCCAACAGCAGUUCUACCCUUCAUAGUUAGUGGAAGUACCCCUAGUCCUACCUCAUUGGGGGCAGCCCUUGUGGUAGAGGGGAGUGAAGGGUCGCACCAUCCUAGUAUAAGUGCUUACUUGGCCUUGACGGCCUGUAUUUUCUUUCUAUUCUCCUCAGUAUUCAUCCUCUCUCGGAUGGCUAUUGUGACGUGGUGUAUGGAGUUAUGCGGGGAAGUUGAGUUCGAGAUGGGGUAUGAGAGUGAGGAGGAAGGCAAUGCUUUCGAUGAUGGAGGCAAUGGAGAGAGAGAAGUUGAUAGAGCUGCGGAGGCACGAGGACAGCUUACCCCUAGUGGACGGCGUGCCCGGCUUGAGAGCAUCGUAGUGUAUGAUCCAGCUGGCAUGAAGUCAAUGGGUGAGGUGCUGAUCAUCUGUGGGUAUAUGAUGUUGUUCCAAGCUCAUUAUGGUCUAGCUCCUGAAGCUCCGGAUGGUAGUAAUAUCACCAUACCCCCAUCUGGCGGCCUCUUCUCCAACCACUGCUCAUGCGCUGCUCUUGGCGACUUUAUCCGGGAGAAAGCUCUGGCGGAGAUAGAUGCCUCGAUACUGAGUAGGAAGGCUGAGGAGAGGAUCGAAAUGGGAAGACUAAAGAGGCUGGCAACGCAGUACACUGGGAAGAUGGAACAUCGAGAGGGACAGUUGGCUGCAUUAAGAGCUCAGAGGGAAGCUAAGAAGGAUGAGGGCAAAGAGAGUGAAGUGGAUGAACGAGAGAAAGACUGUGAGACACUAAUAGAAGAGUACGGGCAGGUCAUUAAACUAGUGCAACAGGAAUGUGAAUAUCGAGAGGAAGUGUUGGAACAGCUCGCAGCAUACGAGGAGAAGAUGAAAACGGUUGAGAUCAUAGAGCUAGCACUGGAGUCUACGAGUGCCGCCGCCGCCGGUGGGAAAGGAAAAGGAGGAGGCGGAGGAACGGUUGGUCAGCCGAUUGAUCUCUACGCAGACCCUCUUAGAGUGGCUGCUGCUCUGAUACCCCCACGUAGUAAGGUAUCGGUCAUAGGCAAACCUCAUACCGUUACUACUGACGACGAGGCGAAAGACUCUGAAGCAGCAGCUCCACCACCGGGGGAGCCCUUCUCGUUAAUACUACCCCUUCGUGUGAUAGAUAGAGAUGAGAGAGUUAGAACAGCCCUCCGGACAUGUACGUGA